AUGGGUCCCCCUAAGCCCCCCGUCCCCCAUGUCCCGGGAAUCUACAGAUACACCGCUACCGCUCUGGGUGCUGGCAUGUGGUUCUGGUUGAUGUACAGAGCCAAGAAGGAUGGUCCCGUAUUGAUGGGCUGGAAGCAUCCUUGGGACCACUAG